ACUUGAACUUGAACAUUCAAAAUCGCGGGGUCUACGUACUGGACCGUGGCCUGUGUAUCACGAGAUGGCCGAGAAGUAUGUGGAUUUCUUGGGCAAAUUUCUUAAAUUCGGUCAAAAAAUGACUGGCUAUUUCAUAGAGAAGCAGAUACCGUCUUUGAAAAGAGGUGUGUUGAAUGCUAAAGUAGAGAUGAGACGCCCGAAUCUGGCUGACUUUGACCUCAGUCAGAAGGAAUUAGUUAGAUUAAUGCAUGCUGCAAAAGCCGGGCAAUGGAAACAGGUUCCCUUAAAGGAAGCUUUUCUGAACACCCUCGUCACCAUCGAGGUGCUCACGUGGUUUUUCGUAGGGGAAAUAAUCGGCCGUUUUAGCUUUACGGGCUACAACAGGAUACCAGGAUGUUAUAUUCAGGCUCCCCCAAUGUCCUACGUUUGAUUAUCAUUCGGCGGACUUUGUGUAUCAAUUGACAUAGCGGUUGAUGAUCGCUUAACAAUUAUAGCGUCUUUCGUAUUUG